AUGAAGUGGCCUAACCUUCAAGAUGUAUAUGAUUCUGACAGAUCAUUUUUGUGGAGGGAUGAAUUCAUGCACAGAUUCCGGUGUGGAUGGAAUAUUCGACAUUUCAUUACUGAAAUGUCGUCAAAAUUUUGCAGAAAAGAUGAAGUAUCGAAUUGUGAUCUUGUAUUUUUUGACUCAAUGAUGCAAAAUCACGAAUAUGCAUACUACUUCAUUGUUAAUGAAUUGAUGUCAAUUGCAAAUGAUGAUGAUCCAGCUGGAAAUCUUACAGAGAAAUUUUACACCGAAAAGGUCAUUCGCUAUGUACGUCAAGUUCAUCUCAGUAAAAAGUGGCAGCAUUUCUUAAGCCUACCAUCUGAAGAACUCGUUUUAGAAAAAGGAGCUGUUCUAGUUGCUCAGUGGAGCCAACCUUUGACCGAAGUUAAAUACAAGAAGAUAGCCAAGCAACUGGAUGACAUUGCUUCUGCUGUGAAAACAGAACUUCGAAAGAAGCACAGUAAUCACCCUUUAUUCCGUGUGCCUCCAGAGAAAUUGUCCGAGUGGAGGAAUAAGAAUAUUAACGACAAUCAGUGGAAACCGUCUGAAUCUCACCAAAUACUUGAUGCACUACGAAAUGUUCUUUUUACACAAAUGGGUUUCCAUGGAAACAAUGAAAUGUAUUACAAUGUUGAAAGCUCCUUUCUGAAUAAGGUCAUAGAGCUUCGUUGUGGAAUUCCCAUUACGUUGAGCAUUGUGUAUGAAAGCAUUGCCAGACGUUUGGGAGUGAAAUGUGAGCCAGUGAAUUUUCCUGCUCAUUUCUUACUCCGUUGGCAAGAAAAGUAUAAGUCUGAAGAAGAACGAAGCACAUAUUAUUACAUUGAUGUGUAUAAUUGUGGGCAUUUCCUUACCAAGCGAGAUUGUCCACAUUAUUCUCCAAACUCUCAAUGCCCAAUGAGAGAAAUAAAAUUGCAGCCAGAAACCUUUGUUAAGGUUGUAGAACGGUUGGCCAAUAACUUGGAGGUGGCUGGCCGGCAGCGUGCACAGGGACGGGAGGCUCGCCUAAGGAGCACCCUGGAGUUGAUGCACCUGGUCAACCCUGCAGACAUGAAUUGUGUUUUCCACCUUGCCCGUUUUUAUAUGCUCCACCAUAUGAAUCUGGGUGAUCUUGUGGCAGCUCUGAAGAAAACACAAGAUUACUUGGGACCACGAGAGCGUGAACAAGCUGCUCAUAUAAUAAAAAUGAUGAGAGUUUAUGAAUCACAUCAUUACAGCAAGGAAUCAGAAUCUCUCCCUGAUAUUGAACCAAGAUUGCGAGCUCCUGGGGUUGAGUAUGCAAUUGGCAUGAUCAUGCGUCAUUUGAGAUACGAUUACACCUGCGUAAUUUACGGAUGGGAUCCUUUCUGCAAUGCAUCUCAAGAAUGGAUCUACCAGAUGGGCGUUGAUAAUCUACCUUGCAAAGAUAGGCAGCCCUUUUAUAAUGUAUUAGUUGAAGAUGGUUCUACUAGAUACGUAGCUCAAGAGAAUCUAGAAGUGGCCGUGAAUCCAAUAAAGAUAAACCAUGUGGAUGUUGGACGCUUUUUUAAGCGAUUCUGUGGAACGCAUUAUGUUCCCAAUACCGAGAAGGAAGAAGAGUAUCCACAAGAUGCUGACGUGAGAGUGCGUUUCCUCAUGCUUCCUCGUGAACUUUGAAAAUUGUUCUCUUUUCAGUUUCUUCUAGUUGUACUUCUCUUGAAAAGGGCGAACUGGAAAUAAAACUGAAUAUUCUGAGAGCUCCACCCGGAAAGUGGCAGUUUUCAGUUCAUUAUAAGAGAGGACCUGUUGUAUAAGCACAAAACAAAUUCUCAAUGUUGUAAUGGGAAGAUUUGUUUGAAUUGUAAAAACACAUUAUUUUUAUUAGAUAUGCCCUUUGACUAGAGAGGUUUCUACUUUGUAUAUGUAUGGAACAUGUGCUGAUGUAAAUAAACCUAACAAAGAGAUAUGACUAACAUUAAAAAGAUGAAAAUUACUGAUGAUGCAAGAGAUGUAUGAGAAUUAUAUUAAAGGUGUAGCUAUGGAUGUUAGUUUAUCAUAGUGUUGCAAAAUGAUGUUUCUAGCAUACUUCGUAUUUGUACUUUGUCUUUUAAUUAUUUGAAAGUUUAAGUUGUUCUUGUGAGAGAUAUUAAAAAGUAUUUAUAAUUUAAAAUAUGGAUGUUAUUCGGUAAUAAACAUAAUUUUAUUGUGCCUACAUUGUAUAGUAUAAUCAGAAAUGUGUACUGUAUAAAAUGAAGUGAAUGAAAACUUGUGACUUUGCUCACAGAAAACAAUUUUUUCAAUUAAUAUUUCAGAAAAGACACUGUAUGUACAAGUAUUGAUUACAGUUAAUGUUUGAAAAGUACUCUUGUACAAAUUACAUUCAGUUUAUUAUUCAGAGUAGCAGAAAAAGAAAUGUUUUUGAAAUGAGCUCUGUUAGUUCAUUCUUUAAUUUAAAAGUCUGAAUUUUUGUUUUCAUAAUCUGUCAUGCAUUAGUAAUGUACUAUGUAUUUUUUUCCAUUUUGUUUUGGCAGUUCAUUAAUAGUAGACACAUACAUGUAUUUUCAAUAAUUGUCGAAGGAAGUUAGUUUGCCUCAUCAGCAUCUAGGAGGCUAAGAGAAAUCUGAAAAUCUUUCUUUAUGUCUCAUUAGUCUAAUUAAAAUACUGAUUGUUUAUUGAUGUCUAUUUGGAACAUUUCUUCCAGUUUUUAUUUAAAUUUAUCAAAUUAUUUUUAAAUUUUACAUGGCCUAUGAUACCUUUUGAAUUAUUUGUUAUAAAACACCUUUUCUAUUUUAAAGGCUAAGUAGCUAUCAAUUUUUAAUUUUUUGAAAUGAAUUGCUAGAAUUAUCUGGCCCCUUGGACAGUCAAAAUAAUAAACUUAGUAACUGAUUAAAACGAGUACAUAAUGGAGUCGGGCAUAUCCAAAGAAACCAAGAAUUAUAGUGCUUAGGGGCAAAUUUAGCAAUUGAGCAUUGUAAUUGAUCAAUUUUUGCAAGGAUCACUGGAUACCAUUUCAGGUAGGCUAUUAUAAAGUUUUAAGGGUGUUUAAUGAGAACUUUUCAAGGGUGAAGUAGCUAUUAUCACAUAGGUACUUUAUUACUGCAGAGAUUCUUUUUGCAACUUCUUAUUCAGACAUUGCUUAAUUAAUGUGUUAUAUUUAAUUUUUCAGAAUUUUUAAUUGCUUAUCUCUGUAAGGUUGGGAAAAAAAUAUAAAUACUAUUAGUUAUAAAUCUAGUGCCUGUAGGAGUUUGGUUGUUUGAUUUUGUUGGUGUUUUCUCUCUUUAAAAAAUACUUUCUUCUUGGUCUCAAAAAGGCAUAAGUUUUCUAAUGCAGUUCUUGACAGAUUUAUUUCAAGUAGUAGUUUAUAAUAAAUUUAAAAUGCAUGCAUUUUUUUGUGUUGUGAGGAAACUUAUCAUUUUAUAAGAAAUUAUCUUUAAUGGGAAUUUCAACAACAAAUUAAAUUAGUAAAGAAUGUUUGUCUUUAUUUCCUAUUGGAGUUCAAUGGAAAUAGAACACAAGAAUUUGCAAGAAAAUCAGAUUUAUCUGAUUUGACUUUAGGAUCACAUAUUUUAAUAUAUAUGUGUACAUGCAAGUAAAAGUGACCCACAACUCUUAUUGUAAAUUUGGAAAUAUCCCUUCAGAGGGAGAAAUCUUGUUUUAGUUACCCCAAUAUUUAGCACAUCUCUGGAAGUAAUUAAUUUGUUUUUUCUCGUCAAAUAAAUUGUUUUUCGUAAUGAGUUGCCUGAAACUUGAUGUAUUACUAUUGCCUCUAAUUCGUUACAUUAAACAGAUAUUAUUUAUAGAUGUGCUUGAUAAAAUUAAUAGUGUCACAAAUACUAUACAUGAGUGCCAAAAGAAGCAACCUUUUUAUUCCUCAAAGAAUGAAAUUGAAAAACUUCUUAAUUUAAAAGAAUCAUACCGACUUAAAUACUAAUGAAACGACACAUUGACCUCAUCCUUGGAUCAAUUAUCAUAAUUACUAGGAUAUGCUGAACAAUACUUGUUUUCCACAUUAAUGACUGACAAUUAAUAGUAACCAAACAGGCCAGUGUGUCAAAAACUUAUGAAUUUAUAAAACAAGUUAUAUAACACAAAGUAAAACAAAAUAAUAGUGCUAGUAAAUGUCACUGAAUCUGUCCAUUAGAUAGAUGUUACUGCUGUAUCCUAGGAGAUUUUCCAUCUCAUCCUAUAAAUUACAUCUUGUGGAAAUCUAUAUCUUGAAAAUGUUUUUGGAAUGUAAAAUGAUAUUUUAAUGUUAUUCACUAAAUCCUUUUUGUAACAAUCAGAAAAUAUUGAAAUGAAAAUUAAAUGUGAUCAUUUUCAAAUUCAGAAUCUCUUGAAUUCUUAUAUUUAAGAAAUCUUGCAUGCAGUGACAGUACAAUGUUAUUGCAGAAUUAUCAUUACUGUUGUUAUUAUUAUUAUUAUACUUUUUAAUUACCUACAAUUAUUCUAAUAUAAAAACUACAAGAGAUGAAACUUUCCAGCCAUGCAAAGAGGUUACAAAAUACGUCAUUAAAACAAAGGCUUAUAAUUUGUCAUACAUUUGACUACUGUAGUAAAAUUAAAUUAGCAAUAUUGGAAUUCUCAUUCAAAAAUGUAUUUUUUUAUAAACUAUUUUGCUAAAAAAGUAAUAAUGGUAUAAAAACUUGGUGUAGAAUGAAUCUGCUUGUACAUUUAAAUAUGUGGAUAUAUAUAUGUAUAAUACUCAGUAUUAUAUGAUAGUAUUGUAUCAUCAAUUAAUUCAUGUUUCAUUAUUGUAAUUUGCCUUGCAUGUAUGUCAGGUAUGUAAUUACAGAAUAAAUUUGACAGUUAUGUGUACAAAA